AUGUUGACACAAUUAUUGUUCUGGAGAGAAAAAAACAACAUAACUAUUAGACAAACAAAUGAUGUCGAUGUUGAUGACAAAGAUGAGGAAUACAAUUACGAUUGUCUUAUAAGGGAUACUGAAUACACGGUCACACACUCAACCAAAGAUGGUUCAUUCAAAUGUACUUGUAUGCAUUUUGAACAUGUAGCGAUCUUAUGCAGACACAUAUUUUGUGUGUUUAAGUUUUAUGGCAUCGAAAAAAUUCCUGAAAAGUACAUUUUGAAACGUUGGCGUAGGGAUGUUAUUCCAAUAGAAUUACUGAAAAGACGCUUCAAUAGUUCUUUUGACGAUUCUAAUUCCGACAUGACUGCUAUUGAUAUUUUUUCAACUGUUGAUCAUUGUGUGCCUUUUUUGAGCCAUGAUGCAGCUAAAUUAAAGUUAUACCUUGACGAACAGAAUAAGUUGAAAAAAAAAUUCAUAGACGAUUGUCCAACUCAUGAUCUACCGACCAGAGCAGAUCAGUUCAAGAAGCUUCUAGGCGUGGUUAGUCCUGAUGUAGUAUCUGAUGUUGGUGACAUUCAGAAUCCUACAGAUAUUCGUAACAAAGGCUGCAGUAGUUGUGGGGAAAGAUUAAAAUCUACAAAAGAGAUGAUUGAGAAAGAAAGCUCGAAACCUAAGAGAAAAUGUGCUACAUGUGAACAGAUGGUUCAUCAUGACAAAAGAAAUAGUCCUUAA